AUGACCACUACUAAGCCCGAGAAAACCGUUUGUGUCUUUUGCGGCUCUUCCUUCGGAAGCGACCCUUCCUUCGCCAGUAACGCCUCCAAGUUGGGUGAAUUGUUGGCCAAGAAGAACUGGGGCCUUGUUUAUGGUGGAGGAUCCACCGGAUUGAUGGGAGCAGUGGCCCGUGGCUGUGCCACCAACGGCGGCUACGUUCACGGUAUUAUCCCCGAGGCAUUGAUUUCCAGAGAGAGAACCACCGACGCACAAUUCAACGAGAAAUUGAAGCAAGGUAUCGACAACCACGACGGCUCCACGCCUAUUCCUGACUCCAAAGAAUACGGAAAGACCACUUUGGUCAAGGACAUGCACACUCGUAAGCGGUUGAUGGGCCAGGAAGCCGACGCCAUCGUAGCAUUGCCUGGUGGAUACGGAACCAUGGAAGAGUUGAUGGAGAUGGUUACUUGGCAUCAAUUGAACAUCCACAACAAGCCGAUUGUGGUCUACAACUUGAACGGAUUCUACGACAGCUUUUUGGCAUGGGUGACGGAUGCUAUCAAGCUGGAAUUUGUUUCGCAGAAGAACGGAGACAUCAUCAAGGUGGCCACUACACCUGAGGAGGUUGUGAAGGCCAUUGAGGAGUACCAGGUUCCGGAAGGAAGAUUUCAGUUGAACUGGGAGUCUACAUAG